AAAGAUGAGGAAUGAGGAGGGUACCAUAUGGGGCAAUUGAUUUGAUAGAGAUGAAUAAUAUUCGUAACUAAUUAAUGAGAGAGAGAGAGUGUCAGUGGCGUCACCGCCUCCGGUCAAAUUGUGUGGAAGCCGCGUUCACACCUUUCACACGUUUUCUCCAAACCCCUUCACACGAAAACCAGGUACUCCCAUUUCAAACCCCCCCAUCAUUCUUCCAUUAUUAUCCAAUUCAAUUCCAUCAAAUCCCUUUUCAUUUCUUCCCUUCUGUCUGUAAAUCCCAUAAAGUCAAAAGCUUUUUUUCCCCCCUUGAUUUUUCUAGCCCCCAAUCCGUUCACACUUUUCGUCGAACACCUUCGCCGCAAUCCCUCUGAUUCCGUCAGUUUUUUCUAUUUAUGAGGCUUCAUUUUCCUGCUCAGGGAAAUUCCGGCUGUCUCUCUUACUAGUUGAGUCCAAAUCCGCGGAACCCAGAUUUUUUCUUGAGAAAUGAGUGGGAACGGCCUGCUCAACAAGCGCCGCCGGAAGAAUGACGGCGGCGCCGGGGAAGACGUUGCCGACGACGGGGAGGGGAGCGGCGAGGUCCCGGAAGGCGACAAGCGCGCGGUGGUGAAGACCCACGAGGUGAAAGAGAUACUGACGUCGCUUAUGUUGCUUGAGGAGCAAGAAAAGGAGGAGCACGAAGCUUUGGACAGGGAAGACAUGGAAGACAGGGCCUUUCUGGAAGCUAACCGCCGGGCGGCGAACCUCGCGAUGUGGGAGUACCUGUCCGACGUUCGCCGCCACGAUGAUGCCGUCGGCCAAAUUGACGCCGCGAGGAAGAGGACAAGAAAACAGGGAUGCUCAUUCGACUCCGUCGCUGUGGCUGCCGUAGCAGCAGCAGCCACAACUGUAGAAGAUCAAGAUUCAGUCCCCGGGCCCGCGCAGCUGCCUCCUCAGAGGCGGCUGUGGGUCAAGAACCGGUCUCAGGACUGGUGGGACCAAUGCAACAGUCCUGAUUUCCCGGAGGAGGAAUUCAAGAAAGCCUUCCGAAUGGGGAAGGACACAUUCGAGAUGAUCUGCGGCGAGUUAAGCUCGGUGGUGGCGAAAGAGAACACCACACUAAGAGACGCCGUCCCGGUGCGGCAGCGGGUGGCAGUCUGCAUAUGGAGACUCGCCACGGGCGAGCCGCUUCGGCUCGUCUCCAAGAAAUUCGGAUUAGGCAUCUCUACUUGCCACAAACUAGUUCUUGAGGUCUGCACUGCAAUUAAGACAGUUCUAAUGCCGAAAUACCUCCAAUGGCCCGACGAAACCGCGAUCAAGUCCAUACAAGACGAAUUCGAAGCCAUCUCCGGGAUCCAGAGGGUGGUGGGAUCAAUGUACACGACCCACAUUCCGAUCAUCGCCCCGAAGAUCAGCGUUGCCGCCUAUUUCAACAAGCGCCACACGGAGCGGAACCAGAAGACGUCAUACUCCAUCACCGUCCAAGGCGUCGUGGGCCCCACCGGGGUCUUCACCGACGUGUGCAUCGGGUGGCCGGGCUCCAUGCCCGACGACCAAGUCCUGGAGAAGUCCGCCCUCUACCAGCGGGCGGGCGCGGGGCUUCUGAACGGCGUCUGGAUCGUCGGGAACUCAGGGUACCCGUUGACGGACUGGGUCCUGGUCCCCUACGCGCAACCGCACCUGACGUGGGCCCAGCACGCGUUCAACGAGAAAAUGGCGGAGAUACAGAGCGUGGCGCGGAACGCUUUCGCGCGGCUCAAGGGGAGGUGGGCGUGCCUCCAGAAGCGGACGGAGGUGAAGCUCCAAGACCUGCCCGUGGUGCUCGGGGCGUGUUGCGUCUUGCAUAACAUAUGUGAGUUGAGGAAGGAGGAGAUGGAGGGGGUCGAAAUGGGGUUCGAGCUCGUCGACGACGAGAUGGUGCCGGAGAUUCCGGUCCGGUCGGCCGGAGCAAGGAUAGCAAGGGAUACCAUUGCUCAUAACCUUCUACAUCAUAACCAUGCCGGCACAUCUUUCCUAUCAUGAUGAAGAUUACUAUUGUGUUAUGGUUUCAUUUUUAGAUUCUUUUAUAUUAUGGUGAUGAGAAUAAUUUUAUGGAGUUAUAGAUGUUUAUACAUCAAAAUGUGGGAAAUUAAAGUGGGGUUUUUUUGCACCAUUAUUGUUGUAUUAUUGUACCAUCCAUUUCCCAACCUAUAGAGUUUUUUGAGAUUGGUUCCCUAUGUAAGAAUUAGGAUAGGAUGAUGAUAAGAUACUGUGAACACAUAUUGUGAUU